AUGGGGGUUCCAUCGUUUUUUCGUUGGUUGGUAAACAAGUACCCUAAAGUGGUCGUAAAAGCCAUUGAAGAGAUAGAUGAGUUUGUAGAUCCAACCUCACCGAACCCUAACGGCAUAGAGUUCGAUAACCUGUAUCUUGACAUGAAUGGAAUUAUCCAUCCCUGCUUUCACCCGGAAGAAGAAGAUGAUGUACCAAGAACUUAUGAAGAUGUCUUCAACAAUAUCUUCGAAUAUAUUGAUCGGCUUUUUAGAAUUGUCAGACCAAGGAAGCUCCUCUACAUGGCUAUUGAUGGAGUUGCACCGAGAGCCAAAAUGAAUCAACAACGCUCCAGGCGUUUUAAGUCGGCAAUGGACAAGAAUCUUGCUGAGGCUGAAGAGGAGAAACUGAGACUGCAUUUUGAAAAGGAAGGGAAAAAAAUUCUACUGGAACAGGAAUCAGAAAUCUCAGAUUCUAAUAUAAUCACCCCUGGAACGGAUUUCAUGUACAAGUUAUCCAAGGCUCUCCAAAGCUACACCAAUCUUCGUUUAAGCCAAGAUCCAGGCUGGAAGGACAUUAAGGUAAUACUUUCUGAUGCCAAUGUUCCUGGAGAAGGAGAACACAAAGUGAUGUCAUUCAUACGCCACCAGCGAACUGUUCCUUCUUAUGAUCCAAACACCCGCCAUUGCUUGUAUGGUCUGGAUGCGGAUCUAAUAAUGUUGUCUUUGGCAACACAUGAAGUUCACUUUUCCAUACUGAGAGAGGAUUUACUUUUACAAAACCAGCAGCCAUAUGCAAACGGUCAAUUGACAGCAUCAUCAGACAAAAGAAAAGCAUACAUGAUGAAAAAGCCCUAUCAGUUUCUGCAUAUAUGGAUCUUGAGAGAAUAUUUGGAGCUGGACAUGCAAAUCAAUGAUCCUCCUGAAAACUUCAAGUUUGAUCUUGAGCGUAUCAUCGAUGACUUCAUAUUCAUAUGUUUCUUCGCGGGAAAUGAUUUUCUACCUCACAUGCCAACAUUGGAAAUUCAUGAGGGUGCAAUUGAUUUGCUGAUGCAAGUCUACAAGAAAGAGUUCAAGAAGAUUGGUGGUUAUUUGGUUGAUAUGAUUCGGGUUCAUGACAAGAAGUUGGGGUACAUCAAACUAUCAAGAGUGGAGAAAUUUAUUCUCCUUAUUGGAGCAUAUGAAGAGAAAAUAUUUAAGAAAAGAUCAGAUAUACGAGACCGUAAACUCAGAGGUUUUUGCAAUAAUGAUGAUACAAUAGAGGAAGAGAUUGAUGCUGGAAGUUCAACUUCUAAUGUGAAAGCAAUUGAAGGAUCUGCAGUUGUUUCAGCGGAUAAUCUUUCAUCUUCUGAAAUAGCGGAAAACACAAAGGAAUAUAAGCAAAAAUUGAAGGCGAGCAUUAGAAGAAAAUCUGAUCUUUUUAGGAAUGGUGAUCAUUUUGGGACUGACAAAGUACGGUUGGGUGCUACCGGUUUCAAGGAAAGAUAUUACAAGUACAAAUUUUCUGCUGAAACCCCGGGGGAGAUUGAAUGCAAAAGGAAGGAAGUAGUUAAAUGCUACACAGAAGGACUGCUGUGGGUUCUUUUAUACUACUUUUCUGGUCCCCCAUCAUGGAAAUGGUUUUAUCCUUUUCAUUAUGGACCAUUUGCCUCUGAUAUGAAGGGCCUAGCUCAGGUCAAACCACAAUUUGAGAAGGGUUCCCCAUUUAAACCUAUAGAUACACUCAUGGCUGUCCUGCCACCAAGGAGUGCUCAUGCACUUCCUGAGGACUAUCGCGCACUUAUGAUGGAAGACUGUUCAAGCAUCAUAGAAUUUUAUCCUUCUGAUUUCGAAGUGGACAUGGAUGGGAAAAGAUUUACAUGGCAGGGUAUCAGCAAACUUCCCUUUAUAGACGAAUCCCGUCUUCUACACGAGACAAGGAAGUUGGAGAAGGAACUCAAGGGGGAAGAAAUUGAGAGGAAUGCUGAAAAACUUGAUCGGUUAUUCAUCCGAAGCUCCCACAUUAUGGCAUCACAAAUUGUCUCGCUGACUAAUGGUGGCAAUCAGUCUAUCAAAAUUGACCCCAAUUUGAGCUUUGGAAUCAGUGACUUUAUCCGUCAGCUUGAUGAUAAUGAUGCCAAGGUGAAAGGAGAUGAUAGCUCUGAAGAAGACCCUGUCUUAUGUGCCCUAUAUGAGCUUCCUAACACAAGUCUGCAUAUGCCUCGUUUACUUGACGGUUUACAACUUCCCCCCAAGACAAUCAAUGAAUGUGAGCUUCUGGAAACAGUUCUAUGGCAUGAAUGUCAGGGAAAUGCGACCACUCACAGCUUGCAGCAAGGUCAAGCAAGGUUCAAAAAACCAAAUGAUUUCGGAAAUAUAAGUUUUCAAAACAAUACUAGACUCACUUCAGGAUCUCCCGCCAAUUCAAUUCACAAGUUUGCUGGUUCUGGAUGGGGUUGUGGUAGAGGAAGAGCAAAUGGCAGUACUUCUGGGGACCAAAACUAUGCUCCAAAGACAACAUCCAGUGAUCAAAGGGAGGUAUCAUCUUCUAGCUCCUACUAUGCCAAGGGUACAACCUCGGAUCACAAAAAUGAAGGCACAUUACAACAUGGCUUUCGGAAUCUAAAAAUAUCAGACUCAGGCCAAGGCUGGAGGCCUACUGGAAGGGGAUUUCAGCCGUUAAAUAAUGUUUUCUGGCCAUCAAGAAGUAGUGCCUCUCAAGACAGAAACUUUGCUAGUUAUGGUUCACAGUCUUAUCAUGCUCGGGGCCGUGGCAGAGACCAACACAAUUCAUGGCAACAAACUUAUCCAAUUGUUGGUACAGGUAGAGGCCAGCAAGACCCUUGGACACACACCCAGCCUCCUUUUUCUGCUAGCCGCUCGUCAUCACAUGCCGGUGGAAGAGGGAACUUUCAGCGUAGUGACUUCAGUGGAAGUGGCAGUGGUAGGUAG